CGUUUGCAGUGUCCACAGAAGUAGCAGGCCGUGCUGGGUGCGAUAGAAGCUCUGCUCUUGACAGAAUUGGACCAGAGCUGAAGAGGUGCUGACCUUACCAAACAGCAGAAGAAGAAACCAUUGAAGCAUGUCGUACGGAGAUCGGCAAACAAGUGCAGCCCUUCGGGGAUGGGUGGGACUGGUGUCCUUCCUUCAGCUGGGCGUGGCCCUGGCGGUGAUCCUGAUCACCUACUUCAAGCUGUCGCACAUCUCCAACUUCUCAGUGGAUGCCAGCGCGCGCACCUACAACGUCACAGGGACCUGCCUGCUCAACGCAGACACCUCAAAGGCAGACAUGUGCAUCUAUGCCUACACCAUCUCUGGUGUUAGUAUCAUUGCCACACUUAUUGUGGCCCUCUUCCUGUGCUGCACCUGUGACCUCUGCGGCUGCGGCGCGGUUCUGGAAUUCCUCUUUGCGGGAGCCGGCACUGCCUGGUGGGCCAUUGGCGCAGUCGUGAUCAUGAAGCGCUCGUUCGAGGCAGACAAUGCUAAUGUGGCCCAGCACGACUGGCGCAUGGCGGAGUGGAUCAUCUGCUGGGUCGGCUGCGGCCUCUUCCUUCUUCUGGCCCUCCUGUCAUUCGCGCGGAUGAUUGCUGGUCUGUGCGCAUGCUGCGGUGGCGGCAACAAGCGGUAUCCUUGAAAUGACGCGACAAAUUGUUCUGCUAUCACCCGACACUCCUAGGAAGUGAUGAGGGAGUCGCAAGGAAUUCCUUCGAAGGGAUGACCCGCAGGCAGGAAGGAAUGAACCCAGUUCUGCUGAGAUUGAACUCUUUGUCUCAAAAGUCUCACCUGAUAAUUAAAUGAAUGAGCUAGCCCCUGCCAGUGGCCCUGGAGAACUAAUAUGCUCAUCCCCUGCCCCUGCACUUUUCCGAUUUUGGACUCGGCUACUGUAGGGCUGCAGCGGGCUUACGGAAUUAUUGCGAGAGUACGGUAUAUUCAGUACACCAUAAUUAGCAGGGGUCUACUUGCGGUGUGUCAGCAGGGUGCUGAAAGGACUGGAUGUUGCGUGUACACAGUACGGGCUGCAAUGUUGCCUUUUCUUUUUAUUCCGAUCAAUUUUGUUUCGUACAUUCUGCUUAUUUCAUGAUAUGGGACACUUUAGAAGCAUCCUCACCCAGUGCUCUGUUCAUGCUUGCGCAGACAGUUUUUUCUGAAGCGCAACCACUGUAAAGAAUCUCAGACUGCAG